CGCCCACCUGUGCGCGCUCCGUCCUCGAGUGUGUUUCCAAGACGCGUUAAAAACGCUUCUUAAACAGCGGAGACGCGAGAGACGCGCCCGCGCUACACACACACACACACACGCACACACACACACACACGUAUGGGUACGCGCUUAUCGGGUGGUAAAAGUAACGCGAUUCGCCAAUCGCGAAGAGACGAGACGUCGCUGUCAUCGUAACGGUGUCCGCGUAUGUACGUACGUACGUGCGUGCACUUGAGAGAGAAGCUUGAAACUUUUGUAAAUUACAUGGUGACUAAUAAUCAUGACAGCGACAACAUCGCGCGUUGUUGUAGCGAAGAUAUGAGGGAGGUCGCGUCGUGACGUUUCUUUUUCGCGAGACCUCGAUCGCGUCGAGGAAGAGAGUGAGAGAGAGAGAGAGAGACGAAAGUGUGUGAGAGAGAGAGAGAGAGAGAGAAAGAGAGACGAUCGCAAAAUCCUUCGCAAUUUUUCCCGCUUCGAGAUAUCCACACAAAUGAUCUACGCUAUCUCGUCCUAUAACCUACGCCGUGUGUGUGAUUCCCGUGUCAGCUGAUGGAUUCGAUGUAACAAAACGAAAGAGAUCGAGACCGAGGCGCGGAUCUUCGCGAGACACUUUGCGUUUCGACCGGGGGUCGGUCGAAUAAUUUUUUACACAAGAGCUUCGUCAUGGCAGAUCUCGCCCUGGGGGAACUGAGCGCCGAUCAGACCGAGAAGGUGCUCCAGUUUCAGGAUCUCACCGGUAUCGAGGAUCUGUCGGUGUGCAGAGACGUUCUGCAGAGGCACAACUGGAAUCUGGAAGUUGCGGUUCAGGAACAAUUGAACUUGUACGAGGGUCGACCAUCCAUGUACGCUCAGGAUUCGCACGCCCGUCCGCCUCAGGUAGUGGACGACAGUUCGAGAAUAUAUUUUAGUUACCCCGGGAGUUCAGGCGGAGGUGGCGGUAUUCUGUCUUAUAUUUUUUCCAUGUGUUACAACAUAGUGAGCAGCAUCUUGCAACUGUUGUUCGCAAUAUUUAGAAGAAACGUGAAACCUGUGUCCUCCAACCCAGUGGAAGACGUAGUCAACUUUAUUAGGUCUUAUGAGGAGCGUUACGGCAACACGCAUCCGGUAUUCUACCAGGGCUCGUACAGCCAAGCUCUUUCGGAUGCGAAACAGGAAUUGAAGUUUCUUCUGGUUUACUUGCAUAAAGAUGAGACGCAGGAGGUGGAUCAGUGGUGCAGGAGCACGUUGUGCGAUCCAGAAAUGACGCGGUACAUAAACACGCACACACUGUUCUGGGCGUGUAACGUGAAGUCCGGAGAGGGCUACAAAGUCGCGGAAGCGCUCAAAUCGGGCUCCUAUCCCUUUCUGGCGCUCAUUGUGCUCAAGGGAAACAGAAUGACAAUAGUAGGACGAUUAGAAGGUACACCCUCUGCGGCCGAUUUAACGUCCCGUUUGCAAACGAUCAUAGAGCGUAAUGAAAUUAAUUUAAUUCAAGCACGUCGGGAGAGAGCGGAGCGAAGCGCGGCGCAGUCUCUACGUCAGCAGCAGGAUCGCGCCUACGAGGAGUCGUUGCGCGCGGAUCAGGAGAAGGAUCGCAGGAGAGAGGAGGAGCGAAGAGCGCGCGAGGAAAAGGAGGCGCGGGAGAAGGAGGAAUUGAACGCGCAGGAGCUCGAGAUACAGCGUAUACGACUCGAGAAAGAGCUGACCGUAAACAAAGUGCCUCUCGAGCCUGAACCGUCGCAUCCAAACGCGUGUCAUCUCCAGAUCAAGUUCGGCGAGAGAACGAUGAAGAGGAGAUUUCUCAUGACCGACACGGUCGAGGACGUUUAUCACUGGAUAUUCAGCCAGCCGGACUCGCCGGCGAGUUUCGAAAUAACAACGAGUUUUCCGAGAAGAAUCCUCUACCCAUGCAGAGACAUCGUGACCCUGUCGGCUGCCGGCUUAACUCACCGAGAGGUUCUUCACGUUAACGAUCUUGACGACUAAAUUCAAGUUUUUGCGCUUCGAGACACUCUCGUCGAGAGUUCGGUGUCAUUCCACGAGAAUAUGAGAAAAACAAAAACAAAAAAAAAAAACACCAGGAAACAACAACAUUUUUUUGAGGAGACACGCUUGUGGAAAAAUUAAAUAAACGCGAACGCGCGCGAGCGAGCGAAACACACGCAAAAGAAAACAUGAAUACAACACACGUACAUAAUAAUAUAUAUUUGAUACAUUCUAGUACUUUAUGUGAGAUAUGAUUCUUACUGCGGAAGGAGAGGUAUAAGAUAUAACGGUACGAAAUAUACCAAAAAAACAAAAAAAAAACAAAAACAAAAAAAAACGAUAGGAAUCAAACAAGAGAGAAAACAAAUCUGUCGCGGACGGACACGUUGGCGCGUCCGCGAAUUUUUGCAAUUUUUGUCCGUCGCGUUUUACCCGAAGAAAUUUUCGUGGACACGCGCGUUGAAAAAAACCUGAUCUCAGAAUUUCUCUCGCGUCGCGCGUCAAAGUUUUUGCUCCGCCGAAAACGAGUCCUUGGUUUUGCGCUUUGCGUUAUCUUAUCUCUGCGUGCAUGUUGCGCAUCUCAAUUCGAAUGGGAAGUGAACCGAACCGUUGUUGUUGACUUUGUGUGCGCGUCUUCGCGUUCGGUCGAACGAAACGAAAUAAAAUUGAAAAUUAUUAACGCAAAAAAGACGACGAGCGCGAAGAUUCGUUUUUUUUUAUUCGCGGAGCGAAAGCAAAAAAACCGCGCUUGAAAUUUUUAUCUCCGCGCCCAGUUUGCGAUUCGCGAAUGUCACUUCGAAAAUCCAAAAUUUUCGGACGCGAACGUAACGAGAUUCCGAGACCUAGAGACGCGAAUAUUCGGCGCGUUGAAAAAAGCGAUCUGUGAAAAUCGCUUUUCUUCACAAUAAAAAAAAAAAAAAAAG